AAAACGUUAUCGGAAUACAUGCUGGAAGCUUUCGGAAAGAGCGGAAGUAAGAUAGUGAAUCGCUGUUUUUGCAAGAUAGUUUUUGAAUCAGACGAAACAAACAAACAAAACAACAAAGAGGCGAAGGCUAAUGGUUCGGAAAGAUCAAACGGUAGUAACAACCAGAACAACAAAGCCGGAGCUACUUCUGAUCAUCUGGAUAGAUCAAACGGUAGUAACAACCAGAACAACAAAACCGGAGCUACUUCUGAUCUGGAAAGAUCAGAGGAAGGUCCGCAACCAGGAAACAGUGGCGCAAUUAAUUACUAAUAAGUUAAGAUAAUUGAAGUACACGUUCACUUGCCGGUGUGGCGUCUGGUCGAAACAAACCUCCUUAAACCUCAGCGUGGCGUAUCGGGAAAAGCUUUAUUCGUAUAUGUAUAAUAUAUUAAGUACAGUCAUUCUAUACAUCAUUUUGUCUUUUAUUAUGCACUAUACCCUUCAAAGAAGAAAGGUAUAUUGUUUUACUAACUGUCAGUCGGUCUGUCGGUCGGCAGGCCAGAAGGCCGGUAAAGAUACUUUGGAUCCCUAAAAUCCUUUCUAAUCAAUUUAUCAAGAUAUUAGUUUGGCAUACAGUAGUCUAAGUUCACAGAGUGAUCGUCUGUUUUAUAUGCUCACUAUGAUAGUGAUAUCUGCCUACAGUGGUCAAUAGCAUCCCAUUAUUGCCUGUGGUCAGGAAUGUCUAUUUUUGUUUUGAGGAUCAGUUAAUUAAGUCGAAGUUACUUUGUAGUAAUACUGGUUUCUAAGCAAUAGCUUUCAAACGUUUAAGGUUGUCAUUAUCUCACUUCGAAGGAUCGUUUCUUGUUUAAUUGUUAAAAGAAAUCCCUUUUCUAUAACCUUUUCGUUACUGACCUUUUGCAGAUGUAUUCUAAAACUAGAAUAUGUCUGUAGGACACAGGGUGUGCCCCCGUCCCCUCCCCCCCGCCCCCCACUGGUACAUUUGUCACAAAUAAGGAAGAAAUAAUUCAAAUAUUUACAGUCUUAAUGGGGAAUAGCCUCAACAAACAUUUUAUGAAAAGGAUUCAUUAUUAUAGGCCACAUACUUUUUGAGCUAUGAGCAUCACA